UGGCUUAGCUCGAUGGGCGUGGYCUAAACUCCCGCUCCGGUCGCCCGUGGAGACACCGGGAGCGGCGCUCGGAUCAUUACUCUGAUAAAAUCAAGGCAAGCUGGACAGGGAGCAAGUCUGCCUAUGUAGCAGAACUUCCCCAUUGCACUGAAAAUGUCCACCAAAACAGCCACCACGACCAACAACAUCGCCCAGGCACGCCGCACWGUGCAGCAGCUCAGGAUAGAGGCCUCCAUCGAGAGGAUAAAGGUGUCCAAAGCCUCAGCAGAUUUGAUGCUGUACUGUGAGGAGCACGCCAAGAAGGACCCGCUGCUCAUGGGGAUCCCGGCAUCCGAGAACCCCUUCAAGGACAAGAAAACCUGCAUUUUGUUAUAGGGGUGGGGCAGAACUCUCCUGCCUGGCCCUUCCCAGCC